GAGAGGUGCUCUUUAAGGGAAGUGUUAGGGGGUCGUGGCAGCCACUGGGUAACGACGGUGUUGUCACAUCGGUAGUGGCAUUCACCUGUGGCGCUUGCUCAGGUAGACUCAACGGUUGUGGUGCAGUGGAAGUGCUCAGCGCUGGAUUUUUCAAGGUGUUGCCAGAAAGGGGGCAAAAUGGUACCUGUUGGCUGAGGUCAGUCGUGGUCUGAGAAGCGCACACUGCGAGGUUCUGUCACCGGCUGUGUACAAGUGAUCGUGUGUCAGUCUACGACUGUCUAAACAACAUUUCAAGUUGAGAGAACCUCACCAAAGCCUACACCUCAAAAGAAAACUCAGUCACAAGGGAGCCGAUUGUCCUUACACGUUUCGGCCACCCGAAACUAUGGAGUACAACAGCACCCAGCAUGUGUGCCUGCAUGCCGGAUGGUUGCAGUAUAAAGCUUCACAGAGAGAAUGGAAGUCUGUGUGGGCGGUGCUAAAGGAUGGCAUCAUCUUUCUCUUCCAUUCAGAAAUCACAACUCUAGAGAACCACAUUGGAACACUUCGUCUGGACCAGAAUUCUUCAGUACAGUUCAAAGACGACAAAAAGCAUGCCUGCAAGUUUGAAAUCCAUACUUCCAAUAAGAAAAAUAUUUUUAAGGUAACGACACCGUACGAGAGAGAGCUAUGGCGAGCAUACCUUACAGGUGUUUUCACAGGUAUCGUAAGCGGAGAUUUCAUCUUAAGCCCAAGAGAACUUCAGGAGAUUCAAAGAAAAAUAAACCAGGUGAGACGUCAGCCUGAUGCCGGUGUAGCCCUCCUGUCUCCCCCCAUCCCACAGACUGACGCCUACAAUCAGAGGACUAGUCCGGCCCCCACCAGCCUGAACCGCAAUUCAGUCUCCCAGGUGUCCAAGAGGUCCGACAGCAGCGGCAGCACGGCCAGUGCGGAAUUCGACCCUCCUCUCCCAAACAUCAGUCCAGCUGACUUCAACAAGUCCACUCGGAGCUCCAUCAGUGAGUGCGACUCUCUGGAUCUGAACAGCGGGGGGCCAUUCAUGAGACACAAGUUCUAUACAGAUGGGAGGAAUGAAACUCCUAGCUGGUUCUUUCCCAAGUGUUCUCCAGAGCUGGCAGAACGAAUCUUGAAGUCCAAUCCUACACAAGGCAACACACUUAUGCGUCUAAGCUCCAGGGACCUCAUUUCUGGCAGCUAUGCUAUCUCCAAGUGCAUGAAAAGAACUGGAGAGGUCUUACAUUAUGAAAUCAUCCGUGUGGCAGAGGGGUACAAGAUCAAAGUGCAAAAUGAGCAUUCACCCAUGAAAUGCCUGUCAGAGGUGAUGAGCUUUUUCCAGAAAAUGUCAGGCGAGGCCACCACAUUUCCACUAAAGACAAACAGUUUGCAGGAAUUAGGAAUUGAUGAACCUCACUAUGCGGACUUUAUUCGACCUCCUUCUUGUCAGAUGAUUGAUAAGAAUUCAUCUAUAAGCUCCUAUGAACAAGAUGGUGUGUACGAAGAACCACUGGCUAUUAAAGGCGACCUCUCAGAAGCAUUUCCCCCACCCCCACCUCCUAUAUGCUUAAGCGAGUCGGACAGACAAUCCCUCAGUCAAGUGAGCCAAACAUGGUCCUCUCGAAAAAAUGAACUGAGCAAUGCUGGUCGUGGUCUGCCUAAGACAAUGAGCAACCCAAAACCUACCAAGCCCAGUGAGAUGCGUACUCUGUCAGACAUACAGCUGCAGAUGCAGACAGACAGUAACAUUGUUCUGGGUGUCAUAAAGGAUUUUGAUGACCAGUUGGAAAAAAUAUCUUUGGAUGACUUACCCCCUCCUUUGCCGGAAAUCCCAAAGGAUCGCCCAAAACUUAACCUAAAUCAACCAAUUUAUGCAAAUGACGACCAGUCUACCAAAAAUGGCAAUGGUCCUGUCAAUACACACCCUCGCUAUUCUCAACGGUCCAUGUCUAUGCCCAUGCCAUUUGACACUCUGCCAUCAUUUUCUUUGGAGUCUAAAGUGAUUGCAAAUACAAAGCCACCGAUGGUUACUCCAGAAGGAAAAAGGCAAUCUAAUCCACGCCCUGGACUACCCUUGCAAACAAGCCAGUCCUUUGACCAAGGAGUGAACGGCACUAACAUUCCAGGUCAGGGAGGCCCUAUCCAGUUGGCUCUCAACAUGAGCCCCAUGCAAGAUGAGCUGAGGAAAAAACUAGAAGCAAGAAGGAGCAAAGUGGAUCAAGUUGAAGACACUGUGAAUCAGGAAAGUGACAAACUAUAUGAAAACCUGUAUCAAAAUUGACUGUGGACUUUUCCUUGUAGCAUUCUGAACUGGCAGGACACCUUACAAACUGAAGGUGACAGAAGUCCUUUAAGGCUUGUGAUUUACAUUCCAGCAGUAAUCAUUACAAUGUAGAGCACAUGAUUACAGUACAUAAAUAUUGUGUCAUGCUGUGAUUUUUAGUGACAAGAAAUCUAUAAAAGGAGAUUUAAGAUUAUUCCUUUAAAGGUUAUUGUAUUUCAAUAUCCAUAUUCACGUACACAUAGUUGGUAAUGCACACUGCCGUUUAAGAAAUUUCUAAUAGUUUUGAGAGCGAGUUUAGAGCCGAUUUCUCUGCCUACACUUGGUAGGACAAGAACAGAAUCCAUCUUUAUGGACAAGAAAUCUCUCAUGCUUUGAUAAAAUGUAAUAUUUUAAAUGGAAGAAUGCCACCAAACUGUGUACACAAGUGCGAAAAGCACGUCCUUAAGGAUGAGGAUGCAGGGGAUGCAGCUUUAGUAUGUGGUUUACUUUCAAUGGCCUGUGCACUGUUGAAGUACUCAGUUGAUUUGUCGAGUCACAAUAUCUAGCAGAAAAGUUUAUCCAGUGGAAGCAAUGACAUCAGCAAUUUUUGUUUCAGCAGGAGUCUUUGGAACCCAUUUAUGCUAAUGUUAAAGUUUUUGAACAGAGAAGCCCCAAGCAAGAUUGUUGCUAAAACACAAAUGUUUCGAUUUUGAAUCUUGAGUGUACAUGACAUCCACUGUAGUUCUGUGUUUAUCCUGCCUAUGGCUUCAUGGAUCUUCUCAGCUACUUUGUGAUCAUUUAGUGUCAGAACUUGUGCUCACAGUAAUUAUUGAGUUGUUUUUCAGCAAAGUAUAAAGCACUUUGAGACUGCCUUGAUAAUGAGGAAAGUCAAACUGUUGUUAUUAUUAAAUGCAACAGGAAAGAACACUGCCAUGGAAAACACAAAACAUUAAUUUCCCAGUAUCCUGCUUGCCUUGCUCUUCACUUAUUUUCACCUACGCACUAGUUUGUUGUAAAACUUUUGAGUGAAAAAUUAAUAACAAAAAGACUGUUAAACAUCAAAGGAGUCUUGCAUAUCCCUCAACUGGUUAAGCGGUCCGAUGGUGCAAUGAUAAGCACCUGCCACCAAUACAGUGAAGAUUGUCCUGGGUUCAGAUCUUGGGCACGCUGUUCUCUCUGCAUGUGACAUCUGUUUACAGGGCUGGCUGCUUUGCCAUGAUAUAGUCUUAGCUGCUGGCUCAGCGUAAAAAUCCAUUCCCCCUCUCCCCUUUAUCCACUGGAACUUUUUCAUAUCUUUUGGUAGCGUUUGUUGAUCAUGGACUCAAGUCCUGUACUAAGCGAAUACUGGUUCUCCUCUAUAUAUUUAUGUGUUUGUGUGUGCAACAUCAUGUAACCAUCUACACCUGCUUAAAGUUCAGUAUUUCAUGGAUGUGGUAAACUGCUGAUGUCAUAAAUCAUCCUGAUCACUUGCAGCCUACAUAUUGCCCACAUCUUGCACUUCAUAUUAGUAAAAUGUUUGUCACUAUCCUACCAGCUAUUCCAAAGGUUGUGGCUUGAAUGAAACAAGAAUGAUAUAAACACAUCCACACAGCAACAGAAGGGCAUGCAAAUUUUAGAACAUGAACAAAUGCGUGUGAAUGAAGAAAGGUGUAUCCCUAUUACCUUUGUACUAACACUGAGUACAGUAAGAACAGGCCAACAGAUUUGUAACAGGUUAAUCUGGCUACAGACCUUUCUACUUAUUACAUGAAAAUAUAAAUACUGUCUGAAAUAGGAUUCCUUUCUGUUAAGUGUCUAGGCAAACAUGGAGACUUUCUUCAAUGUGGAUUUUAGGAAAGUUAUACAAGCUUUCUUCAACAGGACUUCCACUAAAAUGGUUUUUUGUGUUCCAUACUUUUUUUUUUUUGCAUCAUGUCAUCAGUGAUGAUAGAUGUCUGUGUAUUGUAGUGUAACUUUCUGACGUGGCUAUUCUUGUGCUGCAAGGGCCAUUGGUAGUGUAAUAAUGCAGAUGAUUUUGCAUUAUCAGUAGUACCAAUAUAAGGCUACCUGUGCAAAGUACGUAGCUGCCAGUACACAAGUUAUUGCACACUUUGCUGGCAUAGUGGCGACAAUAUGAAAAAAUGCCAGGUGGCAAAGAUUUGCUGUCAGAAGGGCUUAGGCGGGUAGGAGACACAAAAGACUGCAAAGAAAAUAUCAGGACUUGCAUGUGAUAAGCAUCUAAGGUCCGUUGUUACUUUUUAAUGUCCUGUACAUGUUUUUAUUAAAGUAUUACAUAGCAA